AUGUAUAGGGGUAAGGGUCCUUUUGUCGAGAUUCCUACAAUUGUACCUCCAACUAAGUUGCGAGGAGAUGGAACAACUGGGGUUGUAGAGAAGUCAUUGGGUUACUAUUCAGAGAAGGUUGCGGAUAAGGUUGAUGAUGCUUCAGCCUUUAAGACUGCUAAAGAGGAGUUUGUGAGGGUCGAUGAAAAGAAUGGCAUUUUCAGGGAGCUUACUGCACCAUACUUGCCUCAGCAAAAUGGAGUUGUUGAGCUAAAAAAUUGCACGGUGGUUGAGAUUGCUAGAAGAUUACUUAAUGGAACGGGACUUCCAAUUCAUUUUUUGAGAGAAACAACAUCCUCAAUUGAAGAAUAUGGACUAAAUAAUCAAACUAUUGGAAAAUUGCUUAUCAACAAGAAUGCUCUUUUUAAUAAAGAAGCAGCUUGGGAGUGGAAUGGCAAGAAAGAAGAUUCAACAGUCCAUAUUAUUGUUCAAUUAGAAGGAAAACAUACUACAAUUCUUGAAUUAGCUGGUUCUGAUCGUUCCCCUCCUUGCAAUAGUAAUACUAAUCUUUCUCCUCUUAGUAGCAGCAAUAACAAUUCUAUUCCAGCAAGCUCUCAUUCUCAAUCUUCAGCUUCAUCCAGUGAAACGCCACCAAUAAAAUUUUGUUCAUUGAAAAAUGUUUAUGCAACUUGUAAUUUUUCCUUGAUAGCUACUGAACCAACAUGUUAUAAAGAAGCUGCAAAAAAUCAUGUGAGGGAAAGUGCAAUGAUUGAGGAGAUUCAAGCCAUUGAGGAAAACCAAUCCUCGGAGUUAGUUCAUUUUCCUAAACGAAAGAAUGUUAUCGAGAUACAGGGGAUCGAAUUUGAAGGGACAUUCUCAACAAAAGAUCACUUUGAAAAAAUUAGAAAUACUCCAAGCUUGGCUACUCAACUUGCAUAUAAAAAUUACGGUCGUACUAAGGCUGUCAAUGUUACCGACCCAGAUGUUGCUCCUGUCAAAGGAGGAUCCCGUGAUGGUGGAGGUGGUGGAGGUGAUGACUAUGGUUGUGGUGGUUGA